GCCAUAUUCAAACCACAUCAUGAAUUUAGCACUGAUAGACCCGUUCCAGCUAGCUCAAGACUCUCCCGAUGCUCUCACAAACGAUCUCAGAUGUGGCCAUGCCACCACUCUUCGCUUCAGUCGGAAGGGCGACUACUUGGCAUCAGGAAGAGUCGAUGGGAAAGUCGUUAUAUGGGAUAUGGAAACCUUCGGAGUGGCCAUGAAACUGGUCGGCCACUGGAAACAGAUCCAAAGUCUCAGUUGGUCUCGGCAUGGCCGCUAUCUACUCACAGCCUCACAAGACUGCCGUGCCUGUCUUUGGGACCUUCAGACCCAACAACGGAUACGCACCGUAAAAUUUGAGGCACCCAUCUACACUGCCGAACUUCAUCCAUAUAAUCACAAUCUCUUCGUCGCCUCGUUAUUCGAAGAUCGACCCUAUCUUGUUGACACCACCGAUCCAGAACCCAUCAAGAAAAUCCUCCCUACCACUCCCCUCAGCGACAGCGAUACCAUACCGCGCUCCGAGAACAAACAAGCCACAACAUCCGCCAUCUUCUCCGUCCUAGGCAACCACAUCAUCACAGGCACAUCAAAGGGCUACGUCAAUAUUCUCGAAACCGAAUCCCGGAAGAUCAUUCACUCAACCAAAAUCUCCUCAGGCCUCAUCUCCCUCCUGCGUCUGACUUCCAACGGCCGACAACUCCUAGCCAACAGCACUGACCGGAUCAUCCGUACCAUCAACCUCCCUGACCUAUCGCUGAUCACCCCCUCCACCGCACCAGCCUUUGAACCAACCAGUGAAGACGACGCCCCGGAUUCCGCCACAUUGGCCGAAAAUAUCGUCCUGACCGUGGAACACAAAUUCCAAGACUUGGUCAACCGCCUCCGCUGGAAUCACUGCGCAUUCAGCCACUCCUCCACCACUGGCAUCGCCGACUAUGUCACCGCCUCGACAUACAUGAAGAAGGACAUUUACAUCUGGGAACUCCGCACGAACUCUCUGCUCCGCAUUCUCGAGAACCGCGAAGAACCCGCCAUCAUCGAAUGGCAUCCGUCCCGACCCCUACUCGCCUGCACCAGUAUCGAAACCGGCAGCAUCCAGAUCUGGGGCAUUGAGCCCCAACAAAAAUGGUCUGCACUCGCUCCGGACUUUACCGAAGUGACCGAGAACGUCGAGUACGUCGAGCGGGAGGACGAAUUCGACACGUACCCGAAGGAGGAGCACCAGAAGCGCCGACUCGAUCGGGAGGAUGAAAUCGUGGAUGUGCUUGGCGUCGAGAGGAAAAUGGGCGAGGAGGAGAGCUUUGUGCUUCCGAUGCUGUACAAUGUCGAGGACAGUGACGGAGAUGAUCAGGAGCUGGUACGAAUGGGGGUGGGCACAAUGAGGAAGAAGGAUUUCCACGAAGGCAAAGAGUACGAGAACGAGGCAGAUGAGCCGGCCAAGGCUGCUCGUAAGCGAAAGUAUUAGUGUCACAAGAGCUCGAGCUUGGAGACGGUGGUUGAGGAGUAAAAAGGCAAUGAUGGGCAGCACUGGCGUAUCCGGGGUGCUACUGAGCAUAACAUGCGUUUCGAGGGUAUGAACACAGUCAAUGAACGAAUUUUUGACUCUACAGAGCUCCUCUAGAUAAGUCACCAGUCUUGUCGGCUGAUCCG